AUGUGGAUAGGUGCGCUGAUGCUGAUACUCAUUCUCAACUGUGAUAUACCAGUAGGGGGCAGUAAAUGGUCUGUGACCCUCUCACGGAAGAACAUAUGCGUUUGGGCUGGAACCACGGUAACACUGCCCUGCCACUAUGACUACCCCUCGGGCUACAACAUGCGAAAGGUGAUGUGGUUCCACAUCUCAACAGACGACCGGCGGGAAUAUGCAUACCAUACCGACCUUGGGAUGGUGAGCCCAUCCUUUCGGGACCGGGUCAGGCUAAUGGGAGGAUACAAGAGGUGCAGUCUGCAGAUCACCAGCGUCAAGUCCAGUGAUGCAGGCCAGUACCACUUCAGGUUUGAGUCAGACUACCAGCACGGGCGGUGGACGUCCCCAGAUGCUGUCACUCUGUCAGUCACAGAGCUACAGGUGCAGGUCCACCCGGCGCGGGCGGGCAACAUGUUUGCGGCAGGUGAGACGGUCUACUUGAGCUGCGUAGCUACAGGGUGCGCCGCCACGGCCGGGAAGACCUUCGCCAUUCUGCGGAACGGGGUCAGUCUGGGGUCAGCUGACAAGUCGUCCACCAUCUACAACUUCAACAGCCAGCACGCUGGCACCUACAACUGCAGACCCAUCCCCCCACAGAACGUCCUGUCUCCAAGCAUCAGCCUGUCUCUGGGUUAUGCCCCUCGUUCCACCAAGGUGGACAUCAGCCCCCCCAUGGGCCUAGCGGAGGGAGGUGCGGCCACCCUGACCUGCAGCAGUGACGCGGCCCCCGCCGUGGAGAGCUUCGCCUGGUUCAAGGAGGGCGAGAGCGGCAGCCUGCCCGACAGCUUCAAGCCCCAGCUGCGGCUAUGGAGGCUGGAGUACUCGGACCACGGUGCCUACUUCUGCGUGGCCCGCAACUCGCUGGGCACAGACCGCUCCAGACCCACCGUGCUCAACAUCACAUAUGCCCCCAAGAACACCAGAGUGGUGAUUAGUCCGCGAGGCGACAUCAUGGAGGGCUACUCGGUGAACCUGACCUGCAGCACCAACGCCAACCCACCUGCGGAGCGCUACGCCUGGUUCAAAGCCAGCAUGGGCCAGCCCUGGACAAAAUGGUCGACGCAGAACCUCACGUUCCCCAGUGUGCGCUCACACCACGGCGGGAAGUACUACUGUACUGUGUGGAAUCAGUUUGGCCAGCAGUCGUCCCCACCUGUCACUCUGGCAGUAUUGUAUGCCCCCAAGAACACCUCGGUGUGGGCGCAGCCAUCCAACGUGAUCGACGCGGGCAGCUCCCUGACCCUGACGUGCAGCAGCCUCGCCAACCCGGCAGUGGAGAACUUCACCUGGUACCGGAUCAAUGCGGCUGACGCCUGGGAAACCCGAUCGGGCCCCAGCUACACCAUCGCUGAGGUCAGCGCGCGCGCCAGCGGCCAGUACUACUGCGAGGCGCGCAACCGCAUCGGCACACACAGCUCGCCCGUGCUCACCGUCAGAGUUCGAGGUCGGCUGAAGGUGAUUGCCCUGGCCUCUGCUAUGGGUGUGUCUGUAGGCCUGAUCUCACUCACUGUGGCUGUCAUGAUCAGCAAGAACAUGCACCGGGUGGAUCAUGAACGCACGGGGAACACCAAGCAGCGGAGGUCAACAGCGAUGCCCGAGACGAUGUUUUACGAGUCCCCACAGGACACCUUUCAGCUGCGGAACUCCAAGAUGACAGACAUUCCGGAGGAGCCGGAGGAGUCAUGCGAUGACUCGGAGAGCACUGACAGCCUACACCCCUCCAUCGUGCCCUUGACGGAGCUCACACCGCCUCCACAGGACGACAACAAGCUCAGUUACAUCACUGUUCAUUACUCCAGGAUGCCAAGUUUGGACCAGGUGCAGAUCACUCAUCUCCCACUAGAUGGCAGUAAAGGCAGCAGAGAUAAGUCUAAAGUCAUUUACUCUGUCCUCUCCAAUGAGCAGCCAUGAAAACUCCACUGAUGUCACUCUCAACAUUCAAUACCAUUUUAUUGCUGCAUAUAUCAAUACAGUACAAAAUCAACUUUGUCUGAAGUUAUAACAGUAUGUUCAAGUGGAUGCUGGCAAGAGAGAAGGUACUGAAUACCUUUUCAGUCAACCAUAACAGAAUCUGUAGCAUUUGUGAGGUAUAGGAGGAAAUGUACAAAUCUAACAACUGUGUUCAUUUAUUUUUUUUUGCCAGAAUCUAAGCCUGUGUGUGAUCCCAAGUCUAAUUUCAUGCUUAAAUGGACCAAUACUAUUUUGUUAUCUAGUUAAAACCUACAAAGUAAUUCUAAGUAAUAAUAAAUAAAAUGUCAAAUAAUCGAGUCAUGUUCCCAAAAUGUUUUUUUCUUUUUAACACACGCUCAGGUGUAGACUUCAUCCCAUUAAAUGUCGCUGACAAAUAACCAUAAGUGAGAGUAGGCCUAUGUGGUAAACCCUUGUGCACACCCACUCAAUAUUCAGCAAAUUCUUACUUCUUCAUAUUUACUUAUUUGAAAUGGCUUCUGUGCACUGUAACUAUCAGCUAUGAAUCUAUGGUCACUUAAUUUCCUUAUUCUGCCUACUGUAGUGAACUGUUGAACUGUAUAUUCAGCCACAGUACUUCUACUACAGUAAUAACACAGUUGAAGUGUUUGGAUUAUUGUGGCAUAGAUUUUGGUGUCCAUGUCCAUCUCUCUAUCAUAAAAGUCAUAUUCCACACACAAUCAAUAUGUUGCCAUCCACUUAACAUUUGUAUCUGUUAUCAAUGCUAGCUGUUUGACAGUUUAUGACAUACAGUUUGUACAUGUAACACAAAUGCAACACCACAGUGCCCAUUUCCCCAUGGCUACUAACGCUUUCAUCUCAGAAUUUAGUAACAAAGGUGGUGGCACGUCCAAGCAUUCUUGAGACUAGAUCAUCAAAGAGGUAGAGUUUUUGGACAUACUGUAGUAGCCUAUGUGAAUUCUCUAUAUCCUCAAUCACAAACUCACACUCGAACCUUUUUUUGUAUUUAUGGCAGAACUUAAAUAAUUAGGCCUACAUCUUGACAUUUUGAAUUUUCACUUUGUUGGUGCUUAAGAAAGUGCUGCAGAACUAAAUAAAAAAGUACUCAAAGAGAGCAUUUUUUGCAGUGUACAUUUAAACAGUAGUAGAAGACAGAAAUAACAACAUGAGCAUUGUACCAAAUGCACUGGACAUGAAUUGGAUCAUAUGCAUUGCGGCAUAGUGGCAAACAUUUUCUUUCUUUUGGCUGAUUUCAUGAUUGUGAUUGACCCAUUUUGUGGUAGUGGAGCAUGUGCACAUUAAAUGAGGACAGGACUGGUUUCAAAUACAAACAAUGCUAUAUGUUUAGACAAUUUUAAUGAGUAGGAAAAACAAUCCAGUUUGUUUUGUUUUGGAUGUUUAUGGUUUUCCUCCCAUAACUAACAACACACACAUUCUUGCACUUGUGUCUGUAAAAUCAAGGAACAGUUUUUCAGUACCUUUACAGUAAAUAAAGUUGUCUUGGUUCAUUUGGUUGAUGUGAUGUCUUCUACUUUUACUCAAACACCCAAAGGAAAGGAAAGCAAUACUGCAAUCCACAGGUCACCAGUGGCACAUGUCUGCUACAGGUAUAUGCAGGGAUCUAUCUGGCCAGCAGCAAUAGCAAUCUUGAAUCUUGUAAACAGAGUCAACAUAAUUGUUUUUUUCUUUAAAUAAUAAAAAGUUGACUGUUUUAAUAAAUUAAAAGACCUGAUUGUUGCAUUGCCAGAUUUCUCAUAUCUGCUAUACACAGUGGUAUCGGGGUCUAUGAUAGAUCCAGUGAAUAACUGCAGACCAUAGUGCAUACUUGAUAGGUUAUAUUUGCUUGCUGGGUCAUUUUUACAGGUUUACU